GCCAGACUGCUGCUUCUCCUGCUCCUCCUGCUGCUCCCCUGGUCGUCGUCGGCCUCGCCGUCGUCCUCGCCGUAGUCCUCCUCUCGUUUCGUAUUGAUUCGUUUCCUUCCCUUCCCUUCCCUUCCUUCGUUUGCGUUGCCACUGUAAGGUUGCCCCGCUACAUCCAAGUUUCCUUUUCGCCUUCUCUGCCCUGGGAUUCCUUCUACUCCUCUGCAUCCCGCCUCACCCUCUGCACAUUGGUACCUCCAGCCUGCUCCUAUUGCCCCACUCAUCACUAGAGUGUCUAACUGGAGCUGUUUUUUCCCAUGAUUCUAGAGGUAGCUUGAGAUCCAGGAUUUGAGUUCGAUUCUCAGGCGCAGAAGUGGCUUUUUGUGAAGUUUAGCACCUUCAAUUUCUUCGAGCUUGGAAACCAGGAUCAUGCUCAAUUAUCUUGCGACAUGAAGAUGUAACAUGGUCUGGGUAAUUGUUAAUCUGCUGUCCAUGGGUGGGUUCGUGAAGUAAAGCUAUAUUCGAGUCAUAACAUAAGCAAGGUAGGCUUUCAUGGGCACGGCACCUCUCGGGUUGCUGUCAUGGCAGCACGGCACAUUAAGCCCCUCGUAUCUUAAUUAUGAGGAGAUACGCAGGUCGACCUCAAGAAAACAUCAAUGCACCAGGCACUUGAAAGCAAACCAUGUGGAAGUAUCAGCAAGAAAAGCACAUGAGGCGAGGUGGUAUAAUCAGAGUCAGAGCAGGGUGCGAGACAAAGGCUUCGAGAAACUGAAGGAUGGGAUCACUGAUCUGUUACCUAUAAACACUAUCAAUUCGCUGGAUAGGUGGAAUGGGAAGGGAUUGCCAGAGCUUGGGCGCAGGAAAGUGCACUAUCACCCUUCCGUGCGCUGUGCAGCUGACAGCGGCGCUCUCUUCUCUUCUGCGGACUUGGGUGCCAAUGGGUCUUACGAUUUCAAAAAAGGUAAGGAAAGAAAUGGAUCCGCUCUGUAUGCAGAGGAACUUGCUUUUGUGGCGCGAAUAUUUUUGAGUUUGAAAACCUUGAAGGCAUUCCUCCCAAAUGGAAGCUGGUGGCAGGCCAUUGAAAGACAGCACCAACGGACUUUCAACAUUACCUUUACUGGUGCCAUGAGCAGGCUGUGGGUUCUUGUUUCUCCUGACAAGCUCAUUAUCGGUUUUGCCUUCACUGCUCUUGUUAUUGCAGCUUUGUCUGAGAUCACAAUACCUCAUUUCGUGGCAGCAAUGAUCUUCUCGGCACAAAAAGGAAUGACAAAUGAUUUCUACAACAAUGCAAGAUUGCUGGUCAUGAUGAGUUGCACAUACGGUCUUUUCAGCGGUAUAAGAGGUGGUUGCUUUGGUAUCGCGAAUCAAAUUCUGGUCAAGCGUAUGCGAGAACUGUUGUUUUCUACUCUUGUAUCACAGGAUAUCGUCUUUUUUGAUACGGAGGCUGUUGGGUCCCUCACAAGCCGAUUGGGAUCAGAUUGUCAGCAGGUCUCUCGGAUUAUUGGCAAUGAUUUGAAUAUUAUGUUUCGCAAUGGCCUUCAGGGUUUGGGGGCGUUCGUGUAUCUUCUAACACUCUCAUGGCAACUUGCAUUGACCACUCUUGGCGUUUGCAGCCUUAUGUGGUUCUUAACCAGGAUCUACGGCCGGUAUCAGAAGCGAACGGCAAGGUUCGCUCAAGAUUCAAUUGCGUCAGCCAAUGAAGUAGCAGAAGAGGCAUUAUCACUUCUGAGAGUAGUUCGCACUUUUGGGACUGAGAAAGAGGAAGUUUACAGGUAUAGUAAUUGGUUGAAGAAGCUCAUGGAGAUCAACCUUCGCCAGAAUAUCGCAUAUGGCUUCAGCACUUUAAGCUCCUGCACACUGUACCAUACUACUCAGGUGGUGGCACUGAUAAUCGGAGGCGGCUUUGUGAUGUCCGGUGCAAUAAGUGCUGAGAAACUUACAAAGUUCAUUCUUUACUCUGAAUGGGUUGUACAUUCCACCUGGUGGGUAGGCGACCAUUGGGCUUCUUUGAUGCAAGCUAUAGGUGCUAGUGAGAAGGUUUUUCAGCUUCUUGAGCUUCCACCGUGCCCGCAGCUGUCUUCUGUAGGUAUUGUUCUUCCUCAGGUGAGAGGACGCAUUCAAUUUGUCGACAUCUCAUUCAGUUAUCCGACCCGGCCCCAGGCUCAUGUGCUAAAAAAUGUAAAUUUAGACAUUAAGCCUGGAGAAAUUGUGGCUGUGGUUGGCCUGAGUGGUAGUGGCAAAAGUACUCUUGUGAGUUUACUCCUACGUCUUUAUGAGCCUACAAAUGGACAGGUUGUGGUUGAUGGGGCCUCCCUGACAGAGCUCGAUAUAAAGUGGUUCAGGAAGCAAUGUGGGGUUGUGAGCCAGGAACCUCGACUUUUUAGUAUGAAUAUAGCCUCCAACAUUGCGUAUGGGUCUGACGAUGCCAGCCAAGUGGAGAUCGAGAAAGCUGCUAAGUUGGCAAACGCUCAUGACUUCAUUAUCUCCCUUCCAGACGGUUAUAAAACUAUGGUUGAUAACUCACGGUUGAGUGGGGGUCAGAAGCAACGAAUUGCCAUUGCAAGAGCCCUCUUAAGAGAUCCUGCUAUUUUAAUCCUUGAUGAGGCUACUAGUGCGCUUGAUGCUGAGAGUGAACAUCUUGUGCAGAAAGCACUAGAUCGAGCUAUGCGGGGAGGCGUGGGCGAAAAUAAGCGCACCGUUCUAGUCAUUGCCCACAGGCUAUCAACCAUACGCGCUGCUGACCGUAUUGUGGUCAUGACAAAUGGCCAGGUUGCUGAGAUGGGCAGUCACGAUGAGCUAAUUAAAUUAGAUGGCGAGUAUGCUCGGUUAACAAAACGACAACUUAGUACAUUAGCACAGUAGACAAAGAUUGCUGUGAGAGCUUUUAGGAUUCGUAACUGAUAUUCGCCCCAAGUUUUCCGACUCCAUCUGUGUUUUCGAAUUCACACGAAUGGAUAUAACAGUGACAUGAAUUGUUGAAUUAUUCAUGUAAUAUGCGUUAAUGCACUUCUGCGGAAACUAGGAUAAUUCUUUCAGAUUGUUCAUUUGUUAUGAUUAUGUUAGCUCUUAAGAAUGAGCUUAAGCUGCUC